AUGUAUCGUGAUGACGGUCCAACAGGAGGCGGUAUACCUCCGGUGAAACGUCCAAUGCAACAAUGUGAAUCUCAAUGUGCACCGAGUGAAGUAGCAUCUGUUUCAUCUCCGGUUACCUAUCAACAACUGAAACGAGGCAUGUCCCUGAUUUUUUUGGAUUCUGCUUAUUUGUGUUAUGUGGAACAGAUUGCUAGUAACACUGAUGUGAUUAAUCUAUCGUCAAUUUAA